AUGAUGAUGGAGGGCAGAGUAGGGCUCUGCGCCAUCGUCCACUACCUCACCCAUGGGCAGCUGGGCUGGUUUGGGCUGACCAUCGCCUGCGUGGUGCCCGGCUACGUGGCUCAGGUCCUCAGCGUCUUCUGGUUCAGGGCGGAUGGCCGCCCGCUCAGCUGCUGGCUCCUGGUGCUCCACCUCCUGCAGCUGGGCCUCUGGAAGCGGUACUGGGAUGUUUUGCGGAUGGCGGCAAAGGCAGGCGACGGUGGCCGUGCUGGGGAGGUGCUGAUGCAGGACGGGGACGUGUGUGUGCUGCGGCUGCUGGAAGCCCUGCUGCAGACCCUGCCUCACCUCCUGCUGCAGGCCUACGUCGUCGUGGCCGUGGACCCAGCGGGCUUCGUCCCCGGUGUCAGCGCGGGGCUGUCCCUGCUCUCCCUGGCUUGGGCUUUGGUCUCCUACAGCCGCUUCGCCUCAACCCCGGACCCCCCGUCCCCCCCAGCCCCGGCCAUCCUCUGCCUGCUGCUCUGGAGGACGGGGAUGCUGGGGACCAGGGUCUUGGCCCUGGUGCUCUUUGCCAGGCUGUAUUCCUUCUGGGUUUUUGCUGUUGCAGGUGUCCACUGGUUGCUCAUGUCCUUCUGGCUGGUGGCCCAGCAGACGGACAUCGUGGCCCAGCCCUGUCGCUGGAGGCUGUUCAAUUGCCUGGUGGGAGCCGUGUACAUCUUCUGCUACGUUAAUGUCCGGCCCGGUCCUUCCAAGCACAGGGUGGCUGUGUUUUAUGCAAUCAUGCUGAUGGAGAACACCCUCCUGCUGCUGCUGGCCACCCGGUUCCUGCAGGCAGAGCUGAGGAACAGCCUGUGCCUGACUGGGGCCGUCAUGUCAGGGUCUCUAGUAGGUGCCGCAGCUCUGGUGGUUUAUUACAGCCUGCUCCAUCCCAAGUCCACGGAGAUCUGGCAGGGCUUCCUCGAGACAACCUGCAGUGCUGCUGCUGCCAGGAUUGCUGGAGACGACUCCCAAGUGGGGCAGAGUUUGGGAAUUUCAGGAGAUGGCGAGUCCUUGGCAGGGGAAGGGACCCCGGCAGAUCCCAAAAGCGGGAACAGCUCAUCGCUCCUGCAGCUCGGAGGGCGUUUGGAGGACGGCUGGAUGAACCAUCACCACUGGCUGCUGGUAAAGCUGGCCUUGAAGACAGGAGAUAUGUCCACGAUCAACGCAGCUUUUGGAGAUGGUGGCAUGGGAGAGGUCUACCCUGGAGGAUGGGUGGUGGAGAAAUCCAUCGGCGUUGAGCCUGGGGCAAACCUUGCCCUCCCCAUGAGGGAAAUCGGUCCUCGGAGUGCUGAAUCUGGUCCGAAUGAUGAGAAGUUGCUGGCAGCGGGGAACGUAGGCGGCAGCAAACCCGGCACCGGCGCUGUGAGAAUGGUACAGGAGGACGGAGCGGGGCAGGAGCCUGUUUUUCACCCAGCCGUGUCCUUUCCCAGCCCGGAUCCGGCUGAGGGCUCCUCUGUGUAUUUCAGCACGAGCUCAGGAGGCAUCGCCUCUCCCGGCUUGGGGACGGCCACAGCUACGUGCGUGGCCUUGGUGCGAGGGGACGGCGAAGCCCAGCCUCCUCCAGGCUAUCUGGGAGGAGGAGGAGGAUGGGAUUUAUCCCUUGGGAUGGCGAGCUUCAGCCCAAUCCUGGGCGCUUGUGCACACAAGUGUCUGCGGAGCAGCUCUUCCCUCGGUGGCACAGGUGGCUUUGGGGUGGCAGGUCCCCCCGAAGAGGGCUUGGAGCCUGUGGGGCUGGAGGGUGCUCUCGUGGGGUGGCAUCGCCUUCGGGACACCCACCCUCGUGGCACGCAGGGGACUGUCGCGAGGAGCAAGCUGAGGCCACCAUGCUUCACCUCCACCCCCAAGGCCGACCCGAGAUGCCCACAGAGAGGACUGGGGGAGCUUGGAGAGGGGACAGACCUGUCUGGGUUGCCGGAGUGA